AUGGCCUGGAAAGCCGAAAAGCUCCUGGUGUCCUGUGAGAAUCGGCAUGCACUGGCCCAGCGGAUCCAGGUGGCCUGGAACACGGACUACAUCUUUCGCUUUGGCCAGGUGCGCCACCUGCACCUCGUGAAGCAUCCUCUGAGUGACGAGACUAGAAAGGAGCAGGUCAAGCUUACGGUGAAGCCGUUCAAGGGCUGCAAGCAGGUCUUGCACCACUCGCACCGUUUCUUCGUGGCGAACUCCUAUCAAGACCAGGACCAUGCCGGCCACCUCUUGGACCAAGCCCGAAUGCUAGAUCUCGAGAUUGUGGUGCAGGAGCCCGUGCCCAUCUCUAACCUCGAGUCUUCGAGCUACAACCACAUACGAUGGGUGGCUCUGGAGUACAAGCAGAGCAUCACACUCAACUUGAGCCAUGUGGUCGUCAUCAGGAGCGCUCCCCAUCACAAGAGGACCAACUUCAACAACGACAUCUGUGCCUGGACAGGAUGGGAGCUCAUCGUCCGUUCCUCCGAAACGGUCCAGGCGGUUCUGCUCCUACGGCGACAGUAUGUGCCUCCCUUGGCUGAUUCUGCGCAGGACUUCUGCAUACGGGUGUCCAGCCCUCGCUGGGUGGUGGAGGAGGGCAAGGUCGACGAGAACCUCUUGCUCCACGAAGCCCGUAUGAUCGCUGAUUCCACCAUGCCUGAUACCUCCAACUGCACGAUCCCGCAGCAGAUGUACCGCGACUUUAUCCAGGCCAAAUUAGAUGCUUUGGUCUUUCCCAUUUCUGCGCUCAGCUGGGCGGAGAAGUCCCUCGGCCUCAAGCCCACCUGUGAGAGGGAGGCGCGGGGCUUCUUGAAGGCCUGCUUAGUUGUGCUCGGAUCGGAGUACCAACUGUCGUCGGUCAGCCUCCCAGAUGAGCUUGGCCAGGACGUUCCGGCUUUCGUUACCCCUCAGGAGGCAGUCCACCAGGUGGCACGGAGCAUGCCAAGGAUUGAGGCAGAGGAGGAUGGGGAGGCCGCUCAGGCCGAGAACGCUUGGCUGGCCCGAGUGGCGAAGUACUUCACCUACUGUCUCGAUGGGGUGCUCCUACCAGGAAGAUUCGAUGUGUCCCACAUCUGCAAGGCGGUUCUUGUAGAUAGCAUGAGCCAAUCCGUUAUACAGGAGGUGCUUCUCUUCAUGCUCCACAUCAGGCCGAAGGACUGGUCUCGGCCUUGGGAGAACAAAGAGAUCAAGAAACUACUACUGGAGCCCGACUUCUUCGAGGAGUACGAGUUCAACGACCAUGCCAUGCAGGCCUUACUGGAGUGUGGCUGGCUGGCAAAGCAGCUGAAGCCGCCGAAGGAGGAGGAGAAGCUCAGUUGGGAGUUCUCCCAAUUUCUUGCGAAGCUGCUGGUGUCCCCCUCAUCUUCCGUCGAUCUCAAGGCAGCGAUCUGUCGCACAGUUAUCGCCUCCUGUUCGGGACCGAUGCAUCUGGAAGCUCUGGUGCCGGCAAUCCUGUCUUCCCUCCAACAGCGCAACAUCCACUUGAAGGCCUAUGCCACGGUGACCUUGGUCAACAUCGUUCGGCGGCACGAGCCAGUGAAGGAAAUGGUCCUCAGCAUGGAUGCACCUGCCAUUCUGGCCGAGAACCUGGGAAUCAAAGAUGACGACUUGAUCUACUACACGCUGAUGUUGAUUACAAAUCUGACGAAGUCCACAGCUCACAGGUUCGCGCUGAAGAAGUCCGGAGUGGUGAGCGAGUUGCUCCAGCUGCUGCGGAUCAUCCCGUUGAUGCCGGGCAAGGGACGGCUCCUGGAAGAGCUUGCUUCCAGCAUCGGACAGCUCUGCAAUGACGAGGAUAUCUGGGUCAGCCUGUCAGAGCAAAAGGUGGUCGAGCGCCUGCUGCAGCUCCAUGUGGACGCCCCUAGCGGCGGUUUGCUCAGGGCCAGGAUCAUGUUCGCGCUGCGCCAAUUCUCCUUCGGGGGCCACAGCUUGGCCGCCAAGUUCAGGGAGGAGAUCGGCCACUCUCUUCCGGUCAUCAUCAAGGAGCUGAAGGACAUCACGGAAGAAAGAGGCCUAGAGUCUGCAAACAGUGCGGCGACGGACUGCGCGGUGAACUCUGUGCUGCUCCUGCAUACGCUUGCCAUCUCCCCGAAGCUGGUGGAGGAGAUGAGGGAGCUAGGUCUCGGCAACAUCCUCAUGAUGCUGCGCUUUUCGCCCCUGAGCGCGCUGGACGCUGUACGGGAGCGCUUAGCCGGGCUUUGGGACUCGGUGAACGGUACUGAUGCGCGACAGUGA